AUGUCCUCUUAUUUGCAGAAUUUUCCAUCAUCUCCUACGUAUUCUAUGACAUCUACUACACAUAUAGCACCCACAGUUGCAUCACUUUGCAUACAAACAGCACCACCACUGCCCAAAACAAUCAUUACACAGAAUGAUAUUUCAACAUCGAUUGAAGCAUAUCAAGAGCUCCUUUAUACAGCAAAAGCGUACCGGCAUAGUUUGGUGCAGUUAUCUAAGACGGCAUCGUCAUUUGGAGCAGCUUUGGAAAAAUGUGCACGCUGCAAAGGAGUUGGAGACGAAGAUGUAUCAGGAUUUAUGCUAGCAGGAGGGAUGCAGUACCUGAUAGCAAACCAUCAGCAAAUUUUGAGUGAAACGUUGUACCGGAGGUUUGAAAUACCGUUGAUGGAAGAACUAGAUACAUUUUGUGCGAUUACACAAGAAAGAAAUGAUAUGUAUCAGCGUCAGAUGAAAGAGAAGAACAAGAAGAUUCAGGAAAGAGAAGCAGAGCAUUUACGUGUAGGCCGGAAGAAGCAACGAGACUUGGCGACUUUUCGGCAGGCAUUGAUAGAUCUUUCUCGUUUAGCAGACGAUCUGGAACGUCUCAAGUCUGAUCAUUAUAAUGGAGCACUUGAUAUAAUCCAAGAAACAUGGUCUAAAGUUUUGGAACGAAGUGCUUUGGUUAUUCGAGCCGAAGUAGAUAUUUAUGAAGGGAUUGCAAAAAAAGGCUGGAGUGGCGGUGGUCUAGAAGAGAUUAUGCUGCGUUCCAGUGACCCGUUUAAUAUUGGUUAUUCCGAAGGAUCGACAACACAGGGAGGACAUGGAGAAAUUUUUAGUAUUCUUCCACCGCAUCCUAUCUUGGCAUCGGCUCAUUCUCCCAUCUUUAAUGAGGGCAAAUUAAAUGGCCAAUAUAAAUCGUUGACAGAUACAUUUUCAAAUCCAGAAGAUUUUGAUGAUUAUGACGCAGAAGAGACAAGAAGUAUGUUUUCAGGCGAGAUAUCAAAAUACAUUCCGAUCAUGGAUAACGAAAUGACUCAUUUUGAAGACAAAAAUAAUGUAAAAAUAACAGAUCUAUCGUCUAGCGAUCUGCUUGGUAUCAACCAAAAAGUUCAAUCAAUCAAUAUCAACAUGAUGGACAAUCAAAAUGAAUAUUACAAUGCAGGCGACGAUGACCUCAAGAAUGGCUUUGCUUCAGAAAAGGAAUCUUACAAUAACGAAAUAUCCAACAUUCAUCCCAACUAA